AUGCCUGCCCUCCCUCAGAACUACGACAGCUUCGGCUACGCCUUUGACAUGUACGACCAUCAUGUCAUGAUGGCCCGCGUUGACUGGAUAGCUCAGAACAUCUUCUACUACUUGGACCUUUCCAAGCCUUUCCCUCGAACAGGCACACCCACCAGGUUCAUCCCAUUUGAGGAGAAUGCUCUCAUACAACGCCGUAUUCGGCGCUUCAUGAGCCUCGAUAUGGAUGCUCUCCAUGUGCAGCAUGCAGCUGAGUGGGCGACGCUCGUGGAUGAGUUCGACAGUUACGCUCAGGAUCUGGGAGAUUGGUAUAGGAAUGAUAUGGCGAGGAGAGGGCAUAAGUCCUAUGUCGCUAUGCACAAAUCCAAGCCCGUUAUUUGGCGGAAGAUCGAUUACAGUGCUGGCACUAAUCUUCCGAUCACUCCGCUGCACCAUUCCCGCUCAAGUUUGGUCUUUCCAAAUGACGGCUAUCCAUCCCCCGAGAUCGCAGAGAUCGAGGAGCAGGGAGACGACAAGAGGUCGACGGUCGAUGAGGCCUACUGCUCUUGUCACUACUAUUGGUGGAUACAGGACGACACCAAUCCGGCCUCCGAGAUCUAG